CUAAUUUUUACUUUUUUUCACUUGUAAAUUGUGAUAAAAUUAUUGUUCAAUCGAUUUAUCGAUUAUUUAUCAAUAUUUAAAUGGAAGAAUAUGCCCGUGAACCAUGUCCAUGGCGUAUAGUGGAUGAUUGUGGUGGUGCAUUUACAAUGGGUGCAAUUGGUGGUGGUGUAUUUCAAGCCAUAAAAGGAUUUCGUAAUGCACCAUCAGGAUUCUCCAGGCGUUCAGCUGGUGCAUGGUCAACAGUACGUGCACGUGCACCAAUUAUUGGUGGUAAUUUUGCCGUAUGGGGUGGUCUAUUUUCAACUAUUGAUUGUUCAUUAAUUUAUAUUCGUAAAAAAGAAGAUCCAUGGAAUUCAAUAACAUCGGGUGCAUUGACUGGUGCUAUUCUUUCUGUCAGAAAUGGAACCGGUGCAAUGAUUGGAUCAGCUAUAAUCGGUGGUGUUCUUUUAGCAUUAAUCGAAGGAAUGGGUAUAUUAUUUAUGCGUUAUACAUCUGAACAAUUUCGACCACAAAAUCCAUUAGAAGAUCCAUCACAAUUAGGUUCACCAAUUCCUGGUUCACCUUCAUCAUCAUCAUCACAAUCACCACAAUCAUUAUCCGAUCAAAUGGCAUCACCAUUUGCAGCACAACCACAAUAUCAAUAAUGAUUCAUUUCAUAUCCGAAUUGUUUAUAACCAACAAACAACAACGAAUUAUAAUCACCAUAUAAACAUCUCAUUCAUUUUCCUUCCUU